GUGCCGCAACAUAUGAUAGCAUGAUUGAUGGCGCACCCAUUGGCACAGCUGCUGGUUAUCCUUGGCGUUCCGCAAUCAGGUGGGUCUAGCUGUGGGGUGACAAUCCCUCGCGCGCCGGGCGCGCCGAGCGCCCUGCUCGAGCCGCUCCGUGUGGGUGAGCCUGAUGACCUGGACUUAGAGGACAUGCUGUUCUCAGACCCUGAGCCGCGAGAUUGGGAGAACAUUCUUCGCCGCUGCUCGCAGGGGGGGGAGAGCUGCCGGACCUUUGGCAUCGAGGAGUGGAACCUGACCUCCUUCAACGUCCUGAGGCACCAGGGUGUGACCGGCAAGCCCUGUGCUGAAGACUUCGCCGUGGUGCAAAGGAUGUGCGGAGGCCCCGUCGCGUGCCGCGAGAUCGACGGCAAGCGCCGGGUCGUGGGCUUCUCUGGCGAGGGCCGGCCGGAUCUCAACGCCUUGUCGCAGCUCCCCCAUUUAUUUGCCUUGGAGCUCCACGGGCCUCGCAGGGAGGACCUUCAAGGGCAGUGGCCUCAGUCUCUGCGAGUGCUGCGGCUGGUGGCCCCGCACACGGGCGCUCUAACGCUGGCGCCGACGCUGCGGAGUUUGCAGAUCCACGGGCGCCAGGACAACCUGCGCUGGACAAAGAUUGACUUUGCAGCGUUGUGUGGCUUGAACUUGACAUACUUUGUCGCUUUUGCUAUUGAGGUUGCCGGCGGCACUUUGCCGGAUUGCUGGGCUGGCAUGAAGCACCUGCGGAACUUCUAUUGCUCCAAUUGCAUGAUGAGGUUGCCGCCGACUGCAUUGCGCGGUCUUCACUCCCUUCGCUCCUUUGUGGCGUUUCGGCAGUGGGAGAUGAUACCUUGUGCACUCCGGCAUGUUGCCAAUGCGAGCGCCUGCAAAGCCUCGUGGGAAACGCAGCACGAGACGAAGGCACCCUGCCACGUCAUUGCAAUCUCGGGGCCAAGUUGCCAGGGCCAUUGGAGCGGCGACGCCGCGAACUCGGAUUGGGGUGACUUCCAGGAAGGGCCUAGCUUCCUAUGCCCGGAGUUCUCGUUCUCGUUCCCUUUCGAGGAGUUCCUAAAGCUCGACUGGCCCAACAUCCAAAAAGUUUGGCUGGACGGGAACUUUCUCACUGGCCGAAUUCCGGAGAACAUCGGGGACUUGUGGCCAAAGCUUGAGUCCCUGGACCUCUACGACAACAACCUCGAAGGUCCUGUGCCAGCCUCCUUGGGCUCGUUGCCCUUUCUGAAGCUUCAGCUGCACGGCAAUCGCUUGGAGGGCCGGGUGCCGGAGCCUGUGAUGCGGCUCCUAGACAGGGAGCACAUCCAGCUUGGCCUUCAAGAGAACCCCCUGCUUGAAGGCUGCGCCCCCCAGGUGGGCCACUGGACGAAUGGCAUACCAGGCACCAGAGUUCGGCCUUGUGACGAGCUCUAGGCUUGG